CUCCCUUUCCUUAGUUCUUCACCACUCUCUCACUUAUACACACACAUUCUCUCAAACAAAAAUGCAAAAUCACCCAUUUAUGCUUCUUCCUCAAUCACCAAAAUCCAAACUUUAAACAACCAAUUUCUACCCUAUAUCCCAAACAAACAAAACCCAAACCCCAUCAUUUCCUACUUCCAAAAAAUCCCCCAUUUCCCCCUCAAAAUUCUCAACCUCUCAAAUAUACCUAAAUAAAAAAAAUACAAACUUUAUACCAUCUUAGUUCCCAUCUUCAAUGUGGCCACCAUGGAACAAAUCACCUUCAUCUUCCUUCUCAUGUUCCUCCUUCAAAGACAUUCAAACCCUCAUAAACGAAUCCUCCAAUACCAAACCUAAACCUUCUAUAUUCCACCGAGUCACACUCGCUAACUCGCUCCUCCGAGCCUGGUCAACCCAACCCAAACUAACUUAUUUUCCUUCUCGACACUCACACGAAGAUCCACGCGCCGCGCAAACGCAUCCUCCCACACUCAUUCCCGAUUCACAGCAGCGCGUGGUAAUCUACUUCACGACCCUGCGCGUGGUUCGAACAACAUACGAGGAUUGCAAAACAGUGCGUUCCAUCAUGCGCGGGUUCCGUGUCGCGUUGGAUGAGCGUGACGUGUCGAUGGAUUCAAGUUUUCUUUCGGAGCUUCGUCGGGUUGCGGGUCGUAAAACCGGGUUGACACUACCACGUGUAUUUAUUAACGGGAGAUAUAUAGGUGGGGCCGAGGAGGUGAGGUGGCUUCACGAGAAUGGUGAGCUCAGGAAGCUUCUCGAAGGGUUGCCCGCAGCUGAUUCUUAUUUCCGCGAGUGCCACGUGUGUGGUGAUCAUAGGUUCGUACUUUGUGGGGAAUGCUCUGGUGCGCGCAAGGUGUAUGGGGAGAAGGGUGGGUUCAAGAUUUGUACGGCAUGCAAUGAGAGUGGUCUUAUCAGGUGCAUUUCUUGUUCAUGUUGACCAUGUGCACCUACACAUCAAUUUUUUUUUCAUCACGGUGUCACUAGAAAAUAAAAACGUUUAUAUUUUUCUUUUUGAUAUACUUUCUUGGAUUGUAUUUUGUUUGUAAUUUUGUGGGCAUGUAGGAAAAUGUGUAGACCCAAGAGGUGGAGGUGAAUGCAAUAGGAGUUUUGUGCUUCUAUAUUAAUAUUUCCUCGCAUAUAAACAAAAUUGAACUAAAAAAAGUCAAGGUAUUUAAUUUAAA